AUCCAGCAUUAUGGGGAACCAGGAUGGGAAGCAGAAGAAGGGGAAAGAGGGGGAAGGAUACGGACAGGACGCAGCAGACAAUACCACCGGAGAGCCUCGUCACACUGACGGCACAAACAAAGGAUUUCACCACGGCAAGAAAUCCCACGGAAAACAUGGCAAAGGAGUGGGGGAGGAGAAGAAGCAUAAGAAGGAGUCUAAAUCCUCUGUGUUCUCUAUCAGGAAGAGGAAGAAUCUAAAGGGGAAGGGAUCGACAGGAGGAUCCAGGGAGGAUGUGUUGUCGUCUCAGAAUGAGCUGGACUCCGCUCACUCUGCUCACACCAAAACACCAGACCUCUCUCUGUCAGCUGACGACCUGGGCCAGUCUGACACCGAGGGAACAACAGAGCCUGGCGAUGGGCAUGGUGCUAGGAGUCAUGGUGGUAUCACGGGGCAGAGCCGACAGCCCACGGGGGAGAGCCGACAGCCCACGGGGGAGAGCCGGCAGCCCGCGGGGGAGAGCCGGCAGCCCACGGUGGCGACCACGGACACUGCUCCAGACCAGCAGGGGGAGGUUGAACAGAGAAAGAGGAGCAGCUCUGGUUCAGACGUGGACAUCUAUAGCUUUCACUCAGCUGCGGAACAAGAGGACCUGCUAGCGGACAUCCAGCAGGCUAUUAGACUACAGCAGGGGGUGAUUAUCUCCACCGCUGAGCUGAGUGAAGAGCUGGGUUGGGGAGGAGGGUGGAGGAAACAGAGGUCUGACGAGGUUAUAACUACCCCCAGUCCCACUGAACAAACCCCCCCACCGGAGCCUCUCGCUGCCCCAGAGGCAGCCCCCGUCACUGGCCGGGAGAAUGGCCUGCUUUCUAAACCGUCUCUGUCCCUGGAUGGGCAGGAGGAGGAGGAGGAGAGGGGAGCAACCACUGCUACAGAGGAACUAAACUGGGAGCUGAGAGGGGCUGAAACAGAACCGGCCCUUUGUGCCUCCUCUUUCUCUGGGACAAAGGAGCAGGAGGAGGAGCAGCAGGAGGAGGCAUUGAGCUGCCAGGAGGUGAACGUUAACACUCAGCCCCUCUCUCAGCCCCCCACAGCCCAGACGAACGGCCACAUUACCAAGACAACCAGCGUUACCAGCUUCCCAGACCUCACAGCCUCCUUUGAGAGCGCUGUGGAGUCUCCUCUCAGAGAGGAGAAGGAGGUGUUGGAGGAGGUGGAGGAAGAGGACGAGAAUGACCUGGACCUGCCUCCCAUGUCAGCCGAGAGCCUUAGUCACAGUGACGCGACCACGAGCCACGAGGACAUAGACCUGAGCUCUGACAACGCCUCCGAGGGAGAGGAGAGGGUGGGGGACUGGGUGGGGGCAGGGGUGGGUGCUGCAGUCAGCGUUGAGUCCCUGGAGUGUCUUAGCAGAGGGGAUCUGAGGUGCUCUGAGCCUGCCGACGACCCCCUGAUCACCCAGAGGAGGAAGAGCAGCGUGUCCUUCUACCCUUGGCCCUCUCAGGAGAGCCCUAGCCUGGCCACGCGUCUCCUCAAGUCCACCCUGACCUCCACCCUUCCAUCCUACAACCACUCCUCCUCAGGCACCAGCCCCACAGUCAAACCCUACCCUCCCAUUUACCCGUCUUACAUCAAGACCACCACCAGGCAGCUGUCUGGUUCCCCGGGCACCUCACCCUCACAGAGCCCCUUGUUCCGCCGGCGCUGCCACGACCUGGGACACCGCACGGAGAAGUGGAGGGUUAGACGACAGCGCUCCCACAGCAUCGCCGGUCCCCUCAGCUGGUCCGCGGACUGGACCGAGGAGCUGGAGAGGGAGCGCCCCACCAAGGCAGGAUCAGCGGACUACCUGCAGGGGUACGGAGGGUCGGAGGACAGGCUGAGGGGGGGCAGUCAGCCCCUGUGUGCCACACGGAGAUCCUCAACCGGACAGGUGUCUACCUGCAGCUUCCAUGACAUCUUCACCGGUGAGUUUUUUUUCUCAACCUUUAUUUUCACAGACUCCCAUUGAGACCAAGGCCUCUUUCCCAAGUUGUUGCUUUUGUUUGUUUAUGUUGUUGUGAUGAAAAAGUGCCAAAAUGUGUGUAAAUUGCUCUGUAUGAGGGACAGAGUAUUGUAUUGCGGUGGCAGGUAGCCUAGUGGUUAGAGUGUUGGGCCAGUAACCAGAAAGGUUGCUAGAUCGAAUCCCCAAGCUGACAAGGUAUAAAUCUGUCGUUCUGCCCUUGAACAAGGAAGUUAACCCACUGUUCCCCGGUAGGCCGUCAGUGUAAAUAAGAAUUUGUUCUUAACUGACUUUCCUAGUUAAAUAAAGGUUAAAUAAAAAUCGCUGCUGUUGUGGGACUACGGGGUGUAGGCUAGCUGCUGUUGUGGGACUACGGGGUGUAGGCUAGCUGCUGUUGUGGG